CUUAUCUCUAGUCUUCAUAACUAGAACCUGUUAGCGUUUCAUCAAUCACAUUUACACAUGCAAUAAAUGAAAUUGUCAGGUUGACAAUAACCUCAUUUGAAUAUUUCAAUCAUUUUGAAGAUCAUACAAAAUGAUUUAUUUCAUUAAAAUACAUGUACACUGAUUCAAUUGAUACAUUUCUUAUUUAUGAUGUUUAAAAUAACAAAUUCUGCUUUGGAUCAAACUGCUGAUUCAGUUGUAAAAAUUGAGUAUGGCCCUUAUGAAGCUCAUGGAGUGAUAACCCACAGAGCGCAGAGGCUGUAUGGUCUAAUAAAACAUCUGACUGACUUAGGAUUUGAAAUAGAAAUUCGGCAAAUGAACCUCCUUAAUAGACUGGAAAUUAUAAUGUACAAGAGAAAAAUUUUUCAAUGUAACAUAACAAACAUGAAAUUCAAUAUGAUUUCUGAGUAUGAUCCAGUUUGUCUGAGAGCUGUGGCUGCUGUUAAAGAAGCCGCAAGUAGGAUGAAACCCAUAGAUGAAAAUUCAGAACAAGAAACAGAAAAAAAUGACGAAAGUAAUACAAAUUGAUGAAAUUAUUAUUGAGCAAAAGUUGAAUUAAAAUAAGCGUUUUGUGUAGAAAUGAGUUGAAAUAACUUCUUUUGUGUUGAAAUAGUUGUUAAAAAAGAUGUCCUAAAUAAACAUUGUAUUUUGUCCAAA